GGCGGAAUUAGGCGGAGACUUGACCUGGUCUGGCUCAAUGAGAGGGCGCCUGGGCGGGGCGGGAGAUGACAGGCCAAUUGGAGGCGGAGACGGAGACGGCGCGGCCGGGGAGGGAGUCGCGUCUGGAAGUAAAGAGUGAAGCGCUCAAUGAGUAGCGAACAAAGUUUCUGCCUGGCUCGCUGCUGUGCGGUGUGUGCGGGCAGGAGGCUUUUUCGCCCUGCAGAGUCCAGAUCUGUCCGAAGGGGCUCCCUUUGCCUCCCUGAGUGGCUGCGUCAAAGCUUUCCAAAGGAGAGCGACAACUUUCGGGAUUACAAAGGUGCAGCCGCUGAUUCUGCAAGAGAAAGGAACCGCUCCUUCCCCCUCCCCGCUUUUCCACGUUUUGCUCCUGCGGUGCGACGAGCGACGCCCCCAUCACCCCUCACCUACUUGGGCAGGGUACCCGGGCUGGGGACGCUGGGCGCAGGAGGCUGGCGGACAGUGCGCGCGUCGGAUGCCCAGCCUGGAGCGGAGCUGGUGCGCUGAGGGAUGUACAAAGAGCAGCCGCGCGGCGCCCGCUUUUCCUGAGAGGAGAACUUUUUAGCAAUGCCCAGGAGCGCUCGGGGCUGCGCGCACGGCCAGAAAGUCUCCAGACGGCAGCCCCAGCUGCGGCGAAAGGAAAAAAGAGCGCAAGGCUCCAGUAGCUGAGGCGGGGCUAGCCUGUCGGUCCUCUCGGCAAAAAGGGCUUUCCUCUUCUGAGCACAGAGCGGUGGCAGGAGAGGAGCCCAGCUGAAGCUGUGGAGCUUGGCAAGUGAUCCGCCUCGGAGUGUUUUUCUUUUUUCUUCUUUUGAGGGACUGGCUGGACUUUUCUCUCGCUGGGACUAAUCCGCGGCGGGGGGCUUUCCUGGUCCCUGCAAACGCACCCACGGCAGCCUGCCGGACGGAGGGAGGGGAGCGGGACAAGCCGGCGUCUUGCUGGGAGGCGAGGACGGCGCUUGGACCGACGGUUCUUUGCGCGGCGCUCGCCCUGCGCCCGCUCCGAGAGGCGCUGACAGCCCGCGCUCCUCCCCUCCCCCGGGUGCCUCUGGUGAUGUGGAUUGAAGCUGCCCGCCUGACGUUCGCGGGACCUUUGGCAUUGCGGGACUUCUGCCCCUUCGACGCUGGCUGUGAGGGAGCGUGUGCUACCCACUAGGUGUCCUCACCUGCGCCAUGGGCCAUCUGGGGACGGGCACUUGGCUGCUUCUCCGUCUCACCUUGCUCUUGCUGCUUCCACUUCAUGCCUCCGCUGAGCCCAGGCAGGUUUUCCAGGUGCUGGAGGAGCAGCCACCUGGUACCUGGGUGGGGACCAUCACCACCCGCCCGGGCUUCACCUAUCGCUUGAGUGAGCACCAUGCUCUUUUCUCCAUCAACGCCACUUCAGGUGACUUGCACACCCACGCCACCAUCGACCGAGAGAGUCUGGCCAGUGACGUGAUAGACCUUGUGGUGCUCUCCAGCCAGCCCACUUACCCCAGUGAGGUGCGCAUUGUGGUGCUGGACCUGAACGACAAUGCUCCUGUCUUCCCAGACCCUUCCAUUGUGGUGACUUUCAAGGAGGACACAGGUAGCGGCCGGCAGCUUAUCCUGGACACAGCUACUGAUGCGGACAGCGGGACCAACGGGGUGGACCACAGCUCUUACCGCAUUGUGGGUGGCAACGAAGAAGGACGAUUCCGGCUCAACAUCACUCUCAACCCUAGCGGGGAAGGUGCCUUCCUGCACUUGGUCUCUCGUGGCGGGCUGGACAGAGAGGCCACCGCUGCCUACCAGCUCCUGGUGCAGGUGGAGGACAAAGGGGAGCCACGGCGGCGUGGAUACUUACAAGUCAAUGUCACAGUGCAGGAUAUCAAUGACAACCCACCUGCCUUUAGCAAAACCCUCUACCAAGCUCGUGUGCCUGAGGAUGCUCCUGUAGGGGCCAGUGUGCUACAGGUGACAGCAGCAGAUGCUGACGAGGGCACCAAUGCUGACAUCCGGUAUCGCCUGGAGGGGGCAGAAAGUGCUGGGGGCGAUGGCGCUGGGGUGCUUCCUUUUGAGGUGGACCCAGAGAGUGGGGUCAUCCGCAUCCGGGAGGCAUUGGACUAUGAGUCGCAGCGGCAGUACUCCCUGACAGUUCAGGCAAUGGACCGGGGAGUGCCAGCUUUAAGUGGUCGCGCCGAGGCUCUGAUCCAGCUGCUGGAUGUGAAUGAUAAUGAGCCCCGGGUUAAAUUCCGCUAUUUCCCAGCCACCUCCCGCUUUGCUUCAGUGGAUGAGAAUGCAGCACCUGGCACAGUGGUGGCAUUGCUGACCGUGAGCGAUGCUGACUCCUCAGCGGCCAAUGGGAAUAUCUCAGUGGCCAUCCUGGGUGGGAAUGAGCAGCGCCAUUUUGAGGUACAGAGCAGCAAAGUACCCAACCUCAGCCUUAUAAAAGUGGCCGCUGCUCUUGACCGGGAGCGCAUACCCACCUACAACCUUACUGUGGCUGUGACUGACAACUUUGGAGCUCCUCCACCGUCACCUGUGAGUCCAGAAGGCGCUAUGCCGGCCCCAGUGAGCCGCUCUUCUGUGGCUAGUCUGGUGAUCUUUGUGAAUGACAUAAAUGACCACCCACCUGUCUUUGGGCAGUCAGUGUACCAAGUGAAUAUCAGUGAGGAAGUGCCACCUGGCAGCUAUGUACAAGGCCUGAGUGCUACUGAUCGUGACUCUGGGCUCAAUGCCAACCUCAAGUACAGCAUCGUUUCUGGCAAUGAGCUGGGCUGGUUCUGUAUUAGUGAGCACAGCGGCCUAGUUACUACCAAGAGCCCUGAUGCUGUCAUGGCUAGGCCUAUCCUUGGUGUUUCUGGCAAAAGCAUAGCAGCAUCUGGUGGGCUGGACAGGGAAAUUGCUUCUCAAGUGGUGCUGAACAUCAGUGCCCGUGACCAAGGUGUGCAACCCAAAGUUUCCUACGCCCAACUGGUGGUGAAUAUCCUGGAUGUUAAUGAUGAGAGGCCCCAGUUUAGCCAGCCAGAUGGCUAUCAUGUGUAUGUGGCAGAGAAUUCCCCUUCAGGAACUGAGCUGCUAGUUCUUAAUGCUGUGGAUGGUGACUUGGGAGACAAUGGGACAGUGCGCUUCUCCUUGCAAGAUACUGAGCCAGGGGGAGUGACCACUGGUUCAUUGGUAGCCCCAUGGCGGAUUUUUCGCCUGGAUCCCCUGUCAGGCAGACUCAGUACAAUUUCACAGUUAGAUAGGGAAGAGCAGGGACACUAUACACUUCAGGUCCUGGCCACCGAUCUGGGCUCUCCUCCCCUCUCCUCAGUGGCUCAGGUCAAUGUGAGCCUGUUGGAUGUAAACGAUAACAGUCCUCUUUUCUAUCCUGUCCAGUACUUUGCCCAUAUCCAGGAAAAUGAACCUGCAGGCAGUUAUGUUGCUACUGUGUCUGCCAGUGAUCCAGACCUUGGGCCCAAUGGCACAGUCAGGUACAGCAUUUCAGCAGGAGACACCUCCAGGUUUCAGAUCCAUAGCCAGAAAGGGGUCAUCACCACCAAAACUGUCCUAGAUAGAGAGGAGAAGACUGCAUACCAACUGCAAGUAGUGGCCAGCGAUGGUGGCAAGCUCCAGUCCCAAAACCAGGCAAUAGUCACUGUCACUGUCUUGGAUACUCAGGAUAACCCUCCAGUAUUUAGCCAGGAUAUAUACAGUUUUGUGGUGUUUGAAAACGUUGCCUUGGGUUAUCAUGUAGGCAGCGUUUCUGCUUCCUCUAUGGACCUCAACACCAACAUCACUUACCUGAUCACAACAGGUGACCAAAAGGGUAUGUUUGAAAUUAACAAAAUUACAGGCCUAUUAACCACAGCUAGUAUUAUUGAUAGGGAAGAGCAAGCUUUUUACCAAUUAAAAGUAGUGGCAAGUGGUGGAGCCAUAACUGGAGACACAUUGGUCAAUAUAACAGUCAAGGAUUUAAAUGACAAUUCCCCCUAUUUUCUCCAUGCAGUAGAAAGUGUGAAUGUGGUUGAGAACUGGAGUACUGGGCACACCAUAUUCCAGGCCAAAGCUGUUGACCCUGAUGAAGAUGUCAACGGCAUGAUCCUUUACAGCCUAAAGCAAAAUCCCAAGGACCUGUUUCAUGUUGAUGAGCAAAGUGGUGCCAUAAGUUUAACAGGGCCUCUGGACAUAAAUGCUGGAUCUUAUCAAGUGGAGCUUUUGGCCUCUGACUUGGGAGUUCCACGGCACUCUUCUAGUUUCAUUUUAACAGUUUCUGUUCAUGAUGUCAAUGACAACCCACCAGUGUUUGACCAACUUUCCUAUGAAGUCACCAUUUCUGAAUUAGAGCCUGUGAAUUCUAGAUUCUUUAGUGUGCAUGCUUCCGACAAGGAUUCAGGCGCAAAUGGAGAAAUAGCUUAUAAUGUAAUUGAAGGAAAUACUGGGGAUGCCUUUGGCAUAUUUCCAGAUGGUCAGUUGUAUAUAAAGAGUGAGCUGGACCGUGAACUUCAGGAAAGAUACAUGCUAGUGGUUGUGGCUUCUGACAGAGCAGUAGAACCGCUAAGUGCCACAGUAAAUGUCACCAUCAUUCUAGAAGACGUAAAUGAUAAUAGACCGUUGUUUAACAGUACCAAUUAUGUUUUUUAUUAUGAGGAGGAGCAGAGUGGUGGAUCAUUUGUGGGUAAAAUUAAAGCUGUUGACAAAGACUCUGGAUCUAAUGGUGAAGUCAGAUAUUCAUUUGAACACAUGCAGCCUGAUUUUGAGUUGAAUGCAAUAACUGGGGAAAUAACAAGUACUCAUCAGUUGGACAGGGAAUCCCUUAUGAGGCAAAGGGGUGUAGCAGUGUUUACACUCACAGUCAUUGCAGUGGAUCAGGGGUUGCCCAAGCCUUUGAGGGAUCAGGCUACUGUGCAGGUUUACUUGAAGGAUAUAAAUGAUAAUGUGCCAAAGUUUUUAAAAGAACUUUAUCAAGCUACUAUAUCAGAAUUAGCAGCAAACCUGACACAGGUUUUAAGAGUUUCUGCCUCGGAUGUUGAUGAAGGUACUAAUGGACUGAUCCACUAUUCUAUAAUUAAGGGCAAUGAAGAAAACCAGUUUACAGUAGACAGUGGCACUGGCCAGGUGACUUUAAUAGGCAAACUAGACCAUGAAGCUACUGCAUCUUAUUCACUUGUCAUCCAAGCAGUAGAUUCUGGGGCGGUUUCCCUAAGCUCAGUUUGUACAUUGAACAUUGAUGUACUAGAUGAAAAUGACAACAGUCCUUCCUUCCCUAAAUCAACAUUGUUCGUUGAUGUCUUGGAAAACAUGAGAAUUGGGGAACUUGUAUCUUCUGCUACUGCCACUGAUUCAGACUCGGGUGACAACGCUGACCUUCAUUACAGUAUUACAGGGACAAACAAUCAUGGGACGUUUAGCAUCAGUCCCAAUACUGGCAGCAUUUUUCUUGCAAAAAAGUUGGAUUUUGAAACACAGUCCAUGUAUAAACUAAAUAUAACGGCAAAAGACAAAGGAAGGCCUCCUCAGUCAUCUACCAUGUCAGUUGUAAUAUAUGUCAGGGAUUAUAAUGACAACCCGCCUAAAUUUCCACCUGGGGACAUUUUUAAAUCUAUUGUUGAGAACAUUCCUAUUGGGAGCUCUGUCAUUUCUGUAACUGCUCAUGAUCCAGAUGCAGAUAUUAAUGGGCAGUUAGCAUAUACAAUCAUUCAGCAGAUGCCAAGAGGGAACCAUUUCCAUAUCGAUGAAGUCAAAGGAACAAUAUAUACUAAUGCCGAAAUAGACCGUGAAUUUGCUAAUCUCUUUGAAUUAACAGUGAAAGCCACUGACCAGGCAGUCCCUGUAGAGUCCAGAAGAUUUGCUUUGAAGAAUGUAACCAUUCUAGUAGCUGACCAGAAUGACAAUGUUCCUACUUUUGUGUCACAAAACGCUCUUGCUGCAGACCCUUCUGUUGUGAUUGGUACAGUCCUAACUACUAUUCUUGCUUCAGAUCCUGAUGAAGGUGCCAAUGGGGAGGUUGAAUAUGAAAUAAUUAAUGGGGACACAGACACUUUUGUUGUGGAUCGCUACAGUGGAGACCUGAGGGUGACAUCGGCCUUGGUACCAUCUCAGCUUAUGUACAGUUUCAUAGUUUCAGCCACAGAUCUUGGCCCUGAGAGGAGAAAAAUAACCACUGAGAUGACUAUCAUCCUACAAGGACUUGAUGGCCCUGUUUUUACUCAGCCAAAGUAUAUUACCAUUUUGAAAGAAGGUGAACCGAUUGGGACAAAUGUGAUAUCUAUAGAAGCAGCUAGUCCCAGGGGGACUGAAGCUCUCGUGGAAUAUUUUAUUGUCUCAGUGCGUUGUGAAGACAAAAUGUUUGGCCGCCUCUUUACCAUUGGGCGGCACACUGGUGUUAUCCAGACUGCUGCUAUUUUGGACAGAGAGCAAGGAGCACGUCUUUAUCUGGUGGACGUUUAUGCCAUUGAAAAAUCUACCACUUUGCCACGAACGCAGAGAGCAGAGGUGGAAAUAACUCUUCAAGAUGUCAAUGACAACCCACCAGUGUUUCCUACAGAUAUGCUUGAUCUGACUGUAGAAGAGAAUAUAGGAGAUGGAUCUAAAAUAAUGCAGCUGACAGCCAUGGAUGCUGACGAGGGUGCAAAUGCUCUGGUCACAUACACCAUAAUUAGUGGUGCAGAUGACAGCUUUCAUAUCGAUCCCGAAUCAGGGGAAUUGAUAGCCACCAAGCGUUUGGACCGAGAACGCCGCUCCAAAUAUUCUUUGUUGGUUCGUGCUGAUGAUGGCCUUCAGUCUUCAGAUAUGAGAGUGAACAUUACUAUUAGUGAUGUUAAUGACCACAUACCCAAGUUCAACAAACCUUGGUAUUCUUUUGACAUCCCAGAAGAUACUACUCCAGGUUCUUUAGUGGCAGCCAUCUUAGCUACUGACGAAGAUUCAGGUGUGAAUGGUGAAAUCACAUACGCUGUGAGUGAAGAUGAUGGAGAUGGAACAUUUUUCCUCAAUCCAGUCACUGGAGUUUUUAACUUAACUUGUAUGUUGGACUACGAAGUGCAGCAGUAUUAUAUUCUCACAGUUCGUGCGGAUGAUGGAGGCGGACAAUUUACCAGCAACAGAGUUUAUUUCAACAUACUAGAUGUAAAUGAUAAUUCACCAGUCUUCAGCAUGACUUCAUACAGCACAUCCUUGAUGGAGAAUCAGCCUCCAGGAUCUACUGUCCUUAUUUUCAAUGUUACUGAUGCAGAUGAUGGUUCUAAUUCACAAUUGUCCUACACCAUUACCUCUGGAGAUAGCCUAGGCCAAUUUAAUAUUGAGAAAAAUGGAGUUUUAAGCAUCAGGAAACCAUUAGACCGUGAAAUCCAGUCUUUCUACAGCCUUGUUGUUCACGUUCAUGACAUGGCUUCUCCUCCAGCCACCAGGUACACAAGCACAGCACAAGUAUCUAUUAUUCUGCUUGAUGUGAAUGAUAACCCACCAAGCUUUAUCUCUCCUAAGCUAACCUACAUACCUGAGAAUACACCUAUUGACACCAUUGUAUUCAAGGCCCAAGCAACUGACCCAGACAGUGGCCCAAACAGCUACAUUGAGUAUAAUCUACUAAAUCCCUUGGGAAACAAAUUCAGUAUUGGUACAAUUGAUGGAGAAGUAAGGCUCACUGGAGAGCUUGACAGAGAAACAGUUUCUAAUUACACCUUGACUAUAAUUGCUACAGAUAAAGGGCAGCCAUCUCUUUCUUCAUCUACUGACGUGAUUGUGGUAGUACUUGACAUCAAUGAUAAUAACCCCGUCUUUGCUCAAAAAUUAUACAAAAUUGAGAUUGCGGAAAACAUUCUGACUGGGACAGAUGUGGUCCAGGUCUUUGCUGCAGAUGGAGAUGAAGGUUCCAAUGGACAAGUUCGCUAUGCCAUCAUCAGUGGAAAUACUAAUAAUGAGUUUCGGAUAGACUCUGUCACAGGGGUUAUAACAGUAGCUAAACCUUUGGAUCGAGAGAAGAAGCCUUCCUAUUCAUUAGCCAUUCAGUCAGCUGAUCGAGGAAGUAGCCCACGGAUUGACACAACUACAGUCAGCAUUAUUCUGAUGGAUGUUAAUGAUUAUAUCCCUACAUUUGAACUUUCUCCCUACUUUGUAAAUGUCCCAGAAAAUUUGGAAAUAUUACCAAAGGUCAUUCUUCAGGUUGUAGCAAGGGAUGAUGAUCAAGGUCUAAAUAGCAAAUUGACAUAUCUUCUUGUUGGUGGAAAUGAAGAUGGCUCCUUUACACUUUCAGCCAGUGGGCAGCUUCACCUUGUACAGAGCUUGGACCGAGAGAGAAAAGAACAGUAUAUCAUGUUGAUCACAGCAGCAGAUUCAGGAAGUCCUGCCCUCACUGGCACUGGGACUAUUGCUGUCAAAGUUGAUGAUGUCAAUGAUAACGUCCCCAAAUUUGCCUUUAAUAUGUAUUCCAAAACUAUUCCAGAGGAUGCACCUACAGGGUCAGAUGUUUUGCUUGUAAAUUCUUCAGAUUCUGAUGCAUCAGUGAAUGCAAUUAUCAGCUAUAGCCUUAGUGGUGGAAAUUCACAGUUCACAAUCAACCCUUCAACUGGGCAGAUCAUCACAAGUGCCCUGCUGGACAGAGAGACUAAAGAGAAUUAUACUUUGAUUGUUGUGGCCAGAGAUGGUGGCUUUCCAAAGGCUCUUUCUAGUUCCACAAGUGUUCUUGUCACUCUUGCUGAUGUCAAUGACAACCCCCCCAAAUUUCAACAUCAUCCAUACGUCACUCAUAUUCCAUCACCUACAAGUUCAGGUACACUUGUAUUUGCUGUGACAGUUACAGAUGCUGAUUCUGGACCUAAUGCCGAACUUGAUUAUUCUCUUUCGGGAAAGAAUUCUGAAAAAUUCAUCAUUGAUCCAAUGCGAGGAGCCAUUAUGGCUGCUGACCGACUCUCUGGAACUUCUGAAAUGACCUUUUCCGUUAAUGUGAAAGAUGGCGGCUUACAUGCAAAGACAGAUUCUACAACUGUGACUGUAAGAUUUGUGAACAGAGCAGAUUUUCCUCAAAUCCGAGCUGAACAACACACAUUCAUGUUUCCUGAAAAUCAAGCAGUUGGCACUUUUGUCACUUCAAUUUCUGGACUGUCAUCCAGAGGCGGUUCUUUGUCUUACUACAUUGCUAGCGGUAAUCUUGGCACUACCUUUCAGAUUGACCAGCUAACUGGCCAGUUCUACAUCAGCCAGCCUUUGGAUUAUGAAGCAAUACAGAAAUAUGUUGUUUGGAUUGAAGCCAGAGAUAUGGGGUUUCCACCAUUUUCUUCUUAUAUAAAAUUAGACAUAACAGUGAUAGACAUAAAUGAUAAUGCACCAGUGUUUGAGCGAGAUCCACUAAUUGCUGAAAUACAAGAGAACCUUUCACCAUGUAAAAUAAUUACUGUGACUGCAGUGGACAAAGACAGUGGCCCAAAUGGACAGUUAGAUUAUGAAAUAGUCAGUGGUAACAAGGAGAACAGUUUCAGUAUCCAUCGUGCCAGUGGUGAAAUCAGAAGUAUCAGACCUUUAGAUAGGGAGAAUGUUGCCCAGUACACACUUACUAUAAAAGCUACAGACAGAGGUACUCCUGUUCAGAGUACAACUGUCCAAGUACUUAUUAAUGUCUUAGAUGAAAAUGAUAAUGCACCCAAAUUUUCUCAGAUAUUCAGUGCUCUUGUACCUGAAAAUGCACCUUUGGGUUAUACUGUUGCACGAGUCACAACCUCAGAUGAAGAUAUUGGAGUGAAUGCUGUCAGCAGGUAUUCAAUAUGGGAUACAAAUAUACCAUUUGUCAUCAAUCCCAAUACGGGGGAUAUAACCAUUAGCAGGCUUCUAAACAGGGAGGAUACAGAUCGCUACAGAAUCAGAGUUUCAGCACAUGACUCUGGGUGGACAGUAAGCACCGAUGUUACCAUUUUUGUGACAGACAUCAAUGACAAUGCUCCGCGGUUUACAAAAACAUCCUAUUACUUAGACUGUCCUGAACAUUACGAAGUUGGAUCAAAGGUGACCCAGAUAUCUGCAACAGAUCCAGAUGAAGGAUCCAAUGGACAAGUGUUCUACUUCAUAAAAUCCCAGUCAGAGUUUUUCCGAAUUAAUGCAUCUACAGGGGAAAUUUUUAAUAAGCAGUCAUUGAAGUUCCAAAACUCCACUGGCUCCAGCAGUGUCGGUCUUAACAGACACAGUUUUGUGGUGACCUCCUCAGAUCGAGGCAGCCCUCCUUUGCUGAGCGAGACAACAGUCACAAUCAAUGUUGUGGAUAGUAAUGACAAUGCACCCCAGUUUCUGGCUAGCCAAUAUUUUACACCCGUCACUAAAAAUGUAGCUGUGGGUACAAAAUUAAUUAAAGUUACUGCUGUGGAUGCUAAAGACUUUGGUCUGAAUUCAGAAGUGGAGUACAUUCUUUCCAAUGAUGACAAUCUAACCGGCAAAUUUAAUGUGGACACUAAGACAGGUUGGAUUUCAGUAGCAUCUUCACUGAUAAAUGAUAUGAAUCAAAAUUUCCUAAUAAAUGUAAAAGCUAAAGACAAAGGCAACCCUCCUCUCUCAUCAGAGGUGACUGUGCAGAUAGUAGUAACAGAGGAAAACUAUCAUACACCAGAGUUUUCUCAAAGCCCUAUUAGUAUAACUGUUCCUGAGAGUCAUGCUGCUGGAGCCAUUCUCAGGACUGUGUCAGCAAGGGACAAAGAUUCUGCUAUGAAUGGGUUGAUCAGAUACAAUAUUUCUUCUGGAAACGAUGCUGGCAACUUUGCAAUUAACAUAUCUACCGGUGCAUUAAGGCUUGCCAAGCCCCUUGAUUAUGAGUUAUGCCAAAAGCAUGAGAUUACUAUUAGUGCUGUAGAUGGAGGAUGGAUUGCUAGAACUGGGUAUUGUAGUAUCACUGUUACUGUUAUUGAUGUGAAUGAUAAUUCUCCAGCUUUCAGCCCAGAAGACUACUUUCCAAGUGUUUUAGAGAAUGCUCCUAGUGGGACAACUGUUAUACGUCUUAGUGCAACUGAUGCUGAUUCUGGAGCUAAUGCUGUGAUUGCAUAUGCAGUUCAGUCUUCGGACAGUGACCUGUUUGUUAUUGAUCCUAACACAGGAAUUAUCACCACUCAAGGUUUUUUAGAUUAUGAAACCAAACAAAGCUAUCAUUUAACCAUAAAGGCCUUUAAUGUUCCUGAUGAAGAGAGGUGCAGCUUUGCUAAUGUCAACAUCCACUUAACAGGGACGAAUGAGUAUGUGCCACGAUUUGUGUCCAAGCUUUACUAUUUUGAGGUGUCUGAAGCAGCUUCUAAGGGUACUGUUGUGGGAGAAGUCUUUGCAAGUGAUCGGGAUAUGGGGACUGACGGAGAAGUCCACUAUCUAAUCUUUGGCCAUAGCAGAAAAAAGGGUUUCCAGAUUGAUGACAAGAGUGGGCAGAUCUAUGUCACAGGCUCUCUUGACAGGGAAAAGGAAGAAAGAAUCUCACUGAAAGUACUUGCAAAAAAUGCUGGAAGCAUUCGUGGUGCAGAUGUAGAUGAAGUAGUUGUGAAUAUCACUAUACUAGAUGCCAAUGACCCUCCUGUCUUCAGCUUAGAAGUCUACCAUGUACAAAUCAGUGAAGGUGUUCCUUCUGGGACGCAUGUCACAUUUGUAAGUGCCUUUGACUCUGACUCUCUCCCUAGCUGGAACAGGUUCUCCUAUUUUAUUGGUACCGGGAACAACAACGGUGCCUUUUCUAUUAACCCGCAGACGGGGCAGGUUACAGUUACUGCAGAACUGGAUCGAGAAACUUUACCAGUGUACAACCUAACUGUGUUAGCAAUUGAUUCAGGAGUGCCAUCGGCUACAGGAAGUGCCUCUUUAUUAGUAUCUCUGGAAGAUAUCAAUGAUAAUGGGCCCACCCUUUCUACCACCGAAGGAGAGAUAAUGGAAAAUAACCGUGCAGGAACACCUGUGAUGACGCUUCAGUCUACUGAUCCUGAUCUUCCUCCAAAUCAAGGUCCCUUUUCCUAUUACUUACUUAGCACUGGCACAGCAACUAGUUAUUUUAGUCUCAGCACAGCUGGAGUGUUGACCACAACUAGAGAGAUUGAUAGAGAACAAAUUUGUGAUUUCUAUUUGUCAGUGAUUACCAAAGACUCAGGCAUUCCUCACAUGUCUUCCACAGGGACUGUACAUAUAAAGGUGAUAGACAAAAACGAUAACCCAUCACAACCUAGAACUGUAGAAAUUUUUGUUCAUUAUUAUGGCAGUCUGUUCCCUGGUGGAGCAUUAGGCAAUGUAAAACCUCAGGAUCCAGAUGUUUUAGACAGUUUCCAGUGCUCUCUUACAUCAGGAGUUACAAGCCUUUUCAAUAUUCCAGCAGGCACUUGUGAUUUGAAUUCCUUGCCGAGGUCCACAGAUGGAACAUUUGAUCUGACAGUCCUAAGCAAUGAUGGGUUACACAACUCAGUUACUAGCAGCAUCCGGGUAUUUUUUUCAGGAUUCAAUAACGCCACAAUUGAUAACAGCAUCCUUCUUCAUCUUAAUGUACAAACUGUAAGAGAGUUUUUGACCAAUCACUAUCUUCAUUUUUUACGAAUUGCCAAUUCACAGUUAACUGGAUUAGGAACUGCUGUGCAACUUUAUGGGAUUUAUGAGGAGAACAACCGGACUUUUUUGAUGGCAGCUGUGAAGCGAAACAACCAUCAGUAUGUGAAUUCUGGCGGUGUAACCACCUUCUUUGAAAGCAUCAAAGAAAUACUUUUCCGUCAAAGUGGAGUUCGAAUAGAGUCUGUGGAUCAUGACUCUUGUUUACAAAAACCUUGUCAAAAUGGAGGUAGCUGCUUGAGGAAACUUGGUGUAGGCUCUAAGUUAAGGAGCCAUGAAAGUGUCCCAGUCAUCAUCAUGGCAAAUGAACCUCUGCAGCCUUUUACAUGCCAAUGCAUGCCAGGAUACGAUGGAACAUUGUGUGAAAUGGACAUCGACGAAUGCCUCCCAUCCCCUUGCCACAAUGGUGGAAGUUGCCACAACCUGGUGGGAGGAUUCUCUUGCAGUUGCUCCACUGGUUUUAUUGGAAUGGCUUGUGAGAGAGAUAUCAAUGAGUGCCUGUCCAGUCCAUGCAAAAAUGGUGCUCUCUGCCAGAACUUCCCAGGAAGCUUCAAGUGUGUUUGCAAAACUGGUUAUACAGGGAAAAUCUGUGACUCCACUGUCAAUUACUGUGAAUGCAACCCCUGUUUCAAUGGAGGGUCCUGUCAAAGUGGAGCCGAAGGAUACUACUGCCAUUGUCCAUUUGGUGUUUUUGGAAAGCAUUGUGAAGUAAAUAGUUAUGGAUUUGAAGAACUGUCUUAUAUGGAAUUUCCCAGUAUGGAUCCAAACAAUAAUUAUAUUUACAUAAAGUUUGCAACCAUCAAAAGUAAUGCUCUAAUGCUGUAUAACUAUGACAACCAGACUGGAGACCGGGCAGAAUUCCUGGCACUUGAAAUAACAGAAGAGAGGCUGAGAUUCUCAUACAACCUUGGCAGUGGCACAUAUAAACUUACCACAGCGAAGAAGGUGUCCGAUGGGCAGUUUCACACAGUUAUUGCCCGGAGGGCUGGAAUGGCAGCAUCCUUGACUGUGGACUCCUGCUCAGAGGAACAGGAACCAGGUUACUGCACUGUUAGCAAUGUUGCUGUAUCUAGUGACUGGACUCUAGAUGUACAACCAAACAAAGUCACCAUUGGAGGUAUCAGAUCCCUAGAACCCAUACUUCAGAGGAAGGGACAGGUGGAAAGUCAUGAUUUUGUGGGUUGCAUAAUGGAAUUUGCAGUCAAUGGACGUCCUUUGGAACCCAGCCAGGCUUUGGCAGCUGAAGGAAUCUUGGACCAGUGCCCUAGGCUGGAAGGAUCCUGUGCUGUUAACCCUUGUCAACAUGGCGGCACCUGUGUGGACUACUGGUCUUGGCAGCAGUGUCAUUGCAGAGAAGGACUAACAGGGAAACACUGUGAAAAAUAUAUGACUGCGGACACUGCCCUGUCACUAGAAGGCAAAGGUCGCCUUGACUACCACAUGAGCCAGAAUCGGAAAUGGGAAUACGUGAUGCGACAAAGCACUGGAAAUGCUAUUUUUGAGCCCCAAAGUAUGACUAGCAUAGAAGUCAAAUUCCGGACAAGGAGUGAAAGUGGAGUUUUAAUUCAUAUCCAGGAAAGCAGCAAUUAUACUACUGUGAAGAUAAAAGGUGGCAAAGUACAAUAUGUUUCUGAUGCUGGAGUUGGUGGGAAGGUAGAGAGAAGCAUUCCUGAAGUUUAUGUUUCUGAUGGUCAUUGGCAUUCUCUAUUCAUUGAAAAAAAUGGGACUACUACAGCACUAACUGUUGACAAGACCCACAGCAGAGACAUCCUACAUGUUACACAAGAAUUUGGAGGACUAGAUGUUCUUAUUGUUUCUCUUGGUGGAAUUCCACCCAACCAAGCCCCCAGAAGCAGUGAUCCAGAUUUUGAUGGCUGCAUUGCCUACCUAAAGUAUGGUGAAGAAAGUCUUCCCUUCGUGGGAAAGCACAGCCUGGCGACAAUAUCCAGAUCAGACCCCUCCGUGAAGAUUGGCUGCCGGGGACCCAACAUCUGUGCCAGCAAUCCCUGCUGGGGGGAACUGAUGUGCAUUAACCAAUGGUAUACAUAUAAAUGUGUGCCUCCAGGAGCUUGUGCCUCCAACCCUUGUCAAAAUGGUGGCAGCUGUGAACCUGGAGAAAGGGUUGGAUUUAUCUGCAGCUGCCCUGAAUCUUACACUGGAAGGACAUGUGAGAUAGUGGUGGCUUGUCUCGGUGUCAUGUGUGCCCAGGGACAUAUAUGCAAGGGAGGAAUGAAUGGAGGCCAUAUAUGCAUCCCUCAGCCUUAUCCUGCAGAGCUUUCCUUACCACUGUGGGCUGUUCCUGCCAUUGUUGGCAGCUGUGCUACAGUGCUGGCCUUGCUUGUGCUUAGCCUGAUCCUGUGUAACCAAUGCAAAGGAAAGAAGGCAAAAGUGCCAAAAGAGGAGAAGAAGACAAAGGAAAAGAAAAAGAAGGGAAGUGAGAACAAUGCCUUUGAUGACCCUGAUAACAUACCACCCUACGGCGAUGAUAUGACUAUCAGGAAGCAGCCAGAAGGAAAUCCUAAGCCUGACAUAAUAGAAAGGGAAAAUCCCUACCUCAUCUUUGAUGAGACAGACAUACCACACAAUGCAGAGACUAUCCCCAGUGCCCCUCUAGCUUCCCCUGAACCAGAAAUAGAGCACUAUGACAUUGACAAUGCAAGCAGUAUAGCUCCUUCAGAUGCAGACAUCAUUCAGCACUAUAAGCAGUUCCGGAGUCACACUCCCAAAUUCUCCAUUCAGAGGCACAGUCCAUUAGGGUUUGCAAGGCAGUCACCUAUGCCUCUAGGAGCUAGCAGCUUAACUUACCAACCUUACCAAGGUCAAGGCCUAAGGACAACUUCCUUAACCCAUUCUGCAUGUCCUACACCCAAUCAUCUUUCUCGUCACAGCCCUGCUCCAUUUUCCAAAUCAUCAACAUUCUACAGAAACAGCCCUGCAAGGGAAAUGCAUCUUUCGAUACGAGAAGGAAGCCCUUUGGAAAUGCACAAUGAUGUCUGCCAAACGGGCAUUUUUAACUAUCCCACCAGACUAGGGAGAAGAAGCAAGAGUCCUCAAAUGAUGGCAACCCAUAGUUCCAGGCCAGGAAGUCGCCUAAAGCAACCAAUAGGUCAGAUUCCUCUGGAGAGUGGUCCCCCUGUAGGGCUUUCCAUUGAAGAAGUGGAGAGGCUUAACACUCCACGUCCCAGAAAUCCAAGCAUCUGCAGUGCUGAUCAUGGAAGGUCUUCCUCUGAAGAAGACUGCAGAAGGCCACUUUCAAGAACAAGGAAUCCAGCAGAUGGUAUUCCAGCUCCAGAAUCCUCAUCUGACAGUGAUUCCCAUGACUCUUUUACAUGUUCUGAGAUGGAGUAUGACAGGGACAAGCCCAUGGUGUACACUUCCAGAAUGCCCAAAUUGUCUCAAGUUAAUGAGUCUGAUGCUGAUGAUGAAGACAAUUAUGGUGCUAGACUGAAGCAUAGGAGAUACCCUGGCCGCAGAGGAGAGGGUGGUGGGGCUGUGGGAGCACAAGCAACUGCGCCUAAUGUUAAUGACAAUACAUCACCUUUAAAACUUGGUCAACAAGGAGGCAACUUCAACUGGGACAAUCUGUUGAACUGGGGCCCAGGGUUUGGACAUUAUGUGGAUGUUUUUAAAGAUUUGGCAUCCCUUCCAGAAAAGGUAGCUGCAAGUGUAAAUGAAGAGAGUAAAAGUGGUACAACACAACCAAAAGAGGGGGAAGCAGAGCAGUACGUAUAGAACUUCAUACUGACAAUGUCAAAAUGCAAAAGCAAGGAACACUUAAGCCAUUCUAUUGUAGAUAAGAGAAGGGCAGACUUUAAAAAAAAAAAAACAACCCAGGGCCAGUGGUUAGAAGGACACAUUUAAAAAUAAAUCACCAUUAUGCUGCUGAAAAGGACAAAUACAUUUUUGUGUUUAAUUUAAUUGGGAUUGGUUGAAUUUGAUUCUCCUGCAUGCAUUAUGUUUCCAAACAAGAUAUUUGCCAUGCAGCAUUUGGAAGGAAUUUUAUAUGUAUCUUGUUUGGUUUGUGAUUUUUAAAUUAAUGAUGAUUGUUCUAAAAAUUGACACAAUGGUUUAUUGUGGAGAGUGUGUUUGUAUCCAAUUUUAAUACGUCGUUCUGAAAUUCAAGAAAACAAGUAUUUUAUAUUUGUUGGGAGAUGUUUGAAGCAGUUCUGCAGAGCCUGGAUGAAGAAACUAUGUUGUUCGGUGCUCUUGGAAAAUAUUCUUAUUAUUUCCUGCAGUUGCUUAAAUCUGGAAACUUUAAGGAACGAUAAGCUUGAGUGAUUGCUGUAUUAUCUUUCUCAAUACAAUGGGUGCUAGAACCAGCUCAAGCUCAUCAGCACUUUAGGAUUUUAUUAUUUUUGACAAGGUUGUGUGAGAACUUCUGAAUCAUGGAUCCCAUUUUCCCCCCAACCAACAUUAUGCCUAACUAGUAUGGAAACUAAUGGACAUUACCCUAGAACAGGUAGUGUGGAUGGAUGCAAGGUGAGAUUAGGAAACCAUUGGUUCUAAUUUAAUCUCAGUUUAGCCAUUUGACUCUCUAUGGUCUAGGCCAGGAUGUACAACUUUGGUCCUCCUUCAGAUUGUGGACUACAACUGCCAUCAUCCUAUCUACUGGCCAUUGUGGCUGGGGAUGAUGGGAGCAACAGCAGUUGGAGGGUUGAAGUUGUACAGCCUUGAUCUAGAAAAAUCAUUCAAUGUCUGUUUGUUUUGCCAUCUGUAAAAAUAGGAGCAGGACGUUAUAUAAACCUACUUCGGAGGGGACCAUUUUGAAGACUGCUUGCCUAUAAAAGUGUUAAAAAGCCAUAAAGCACUAUAGAUGAGUAUUAUUAUUAUUGUAAGCACUGCCUUGACUAUAAGAUCCUAGGGAGACCUUUUUGCUACACCACAGAAUUUGUCCCGAUGGAAGCUUUUGAAAUUAAAAAAUAUAUUUAUUGGAAUGAAAAAUCAUUGCACUCUUCUGGAAUGGAAAACUGCUUCCAAAAAUACAUCUUGUACUGAGUUACAGGUACCAAGUAUCAAACACGACCAUUGUAUCUGUUAGAAAUGGCACAUGUAUGUACACACUUCCACUUUGCAAGCUGGAGCCAUUUCUUUCCUGGCUGCUGCUCAGAUGCAUUUUAAUGAGGAAAGUAGAAAACGAUAUAUGCAUGUAUCAUUCACAACCUACAUGAUGUGGCGAUACAAGUGUAUCCAUACCUGAGUGAAAGCAUAUUGUAAGAUGUGGCCCAGAGAUGAGGGAACCUUCCAGGUUCGUCCACAAUAGGCAACUGUUUGUUGUCAAUCACCUCAUUUUAAAUUUGCUUUAUGUAUUUAAAAAAAAAACACCCUUCUGUUUCCAUGCAACUCUGAACAUUCUUUUGUACUGUGUAAAAAAAAAAAAGAUGUGGAAUUUUGGUUUUUCUUUUUUUUUAGCUAAACUGUGUUUUGUUUUGUUUUUGUAUCAAUAUUUUCCUAUACUGAAUAGUUUUCUUGCUUUCAGGGAAAGUAAGAAAAUACUUUUUUUUUACAUUUGUUACUUAUGUAACAUUCAUAUUUUCACGUUUUGAUAAAAUUGUAACAUACCGUAUGCUUUCUAUGUGUAAAUGCCAAUAAUAGAAUUAAAAUAUUUAUUUAAAAUGUCUAGUGUG